GUCCGCCCGUACUUAAGUAUUCAGACGCAUGGAGUCAUGCGUGCCUCGUUGCCAGAACCCUAGGCAAGUGCCGGGACUGCACCAGGACUUCGAGUUUGGGCUUGAUUACGGGCAUUUGAUUACCGUUCCGUUGCUCAAAUGGCUACUGCUGCUUCCUCCUCCAUCCCUCCCUCUGCGCAACAGUUUCUUCCUCCCUCAUCAAUCCUUAUUGUUGGCUCCGGCGUCUUUGGGCUCAGCACUGCGCUGGCCCUUGUUCGUCGUGAUGCCUUCGCCCAAACUUCUAUAACCGUCGUCGACCGGUCGGAUCCUUCUCAGCCGGGCACGUUCCCUUCCUCAGAUGCCGCCAGCGUUGAUACUAGCCGAAUCAUCAGGGCGGACUAUGCUGAUGCAGCAUACACAGCGCUGGCUGACGAGGCACAAGCUCAGUGGCGUAAGCAGGACAAACCUACUGACUUGGGCGCUCAAGGGCGCUACCAUGAGGCUGGGCUCCUCCUGGUCGGUGACGACACGCCGCCUGCGCCAACAGCCGCUCCGCCGGCAAGCCAGGACGGUCUGAAACCCAAGCUGACAGGAUUGGAUUAUGCCCGUAUGAGCUGGGCCAACGUCGUGUCUCUGGCCUCCAAAGACCCCCAGCUCGCCGCCCGUGUUCGUGAGUUGCCUAGUCCCGACGCCAUCCGUGAUGCGCUCGGGACAGGCGGCAGCUCCGGGUCAUGGGGCUACAUCAACAACAACAGUGGCUGGGCGAACGCUGCUGCGUCCAUGAACUGGUUGUUCGACCAGGUGAAACAAACCGGCCGCGUUCACUUUGUUCCAGGGACGGUCGUUUCCUUGGAGCGGACCGGGGACACCGUUACUGGCGCAAAACUCUCCGAUGGCCGUGUCCUGUCCGCCGAUCUCGUCGUGGUGGCGGCUGGUGCAUGGACUGGCGGCUUGGUUGAUCUGGCCGGACAGGCAGUUGCCACCGGCCAAGUGCUUGGCUACAUCGACCUCACCGAAGAGGAACAAGAGAAGUUGGCCAAGAUGCCCGUCAUUCUCAACCUUUCCACCGGCCUCUUUAUCAUCCCACCCACGGAUCGCGUCCUCAAGAUCGCCCGGCACGCCUACGGCUACAUCAACCCGACCACGGUUACCAAUCCCCCGCUUCCGCUAUCGCCAAGUCAACCUCCUGCCCCCCAAACUCCCAUCUCCCUCCCCCGAACGGCUGCGACUCACCCCUCGCUCUCUAUUCCCGCAGAGGCUGCAGCCGACCUCCGCCGGGCCCUCCGCGAAAUGAUCCCCUGGCCCGCCCUGCACGACCGCCCUUUCACCAAAACACGCCUGUGCUGGUACUCGGACACGCCCACGGGUGACUUUCUGAUCGAUUACCACCCGCACUGGCGGGGCCUGUUUGUCGCGACGGGUGACAGCGGCCACGCCUUCAAAUUCCUGCCCGUUAUCGGCGACAAGGUUGUUGACUGCAUCGCCCGCAACUGUCCGGCCGAGUUUCGGGAGAAGUGGGCUUGGAAGGUGACCGAGGCCAAGGCUGGACUGCCUGUGAAUGUCGUUACCGAGGAUGGAAGCAGAAGCGGUAAGGCCGGGGUAACAUUGGACCAGGCGCUGGCAGAGGAUUCUCAGAGGGAGGUAUGAGUGUCUUUUAAAGAAACAGUGCGUCAAGGAUAUCAGCGUAAACCGCGACUGAAGAACGCCCAAGCUUGCCAGCUUGUCAGCUUGCCCACCGUACCCUGUGAGCGACCCCGAGGCCUCAGAGCCAAUCUGGCAAAAGGAGAAUAGGCGACAGAGCAGUGCGAGUCCUACGGCAUCAGCUGUCUGCCCCGAGUCUACAUAACCCCGGAUGGCAAUUCCCCGUUUCCAGGGCAGCUGUUCAGGAUGAAGACGAUACUCUCGCUCUCUG